AUGUACCGUUCUCUUGCAACCCUUCUUCCUAUCCUCACCCUCACCACCGCCAUCCCCCAUGCCUCACCUCCAACACCCCCCUCCAGCUCAGGCUGCGGCAAAGACUCCCCCAUCGCCCCUGGCAGCCGGUCCACCAACCUCACUAUCACCUCUGACGACCGCGAGCGUAGCUUCCUACUGCACAUCCCCUCCAGCUACGACGCCCACAAGCCCACGCCCCUAAUCCUCAGCUUCCACGGCCGGUCCCGCAACAGCUCCUACCAAGAAAGUCUCUCCCAAUUCAGCGACCCAGCCUACAACACUGCCUGGCUCGCCGUCUACCCCCAGGGCCUCAACGACAGCUGGCAAGGCCCCGACUACGCCGUGGAAGGUGUUAGCGACACGCUGUUCGUCUCCGAGCUCCUCGACUACCUCGAGGCCGCACUAUGCAUUGACACUUCCCGUGUCUAUGCGACAGGCAAGUCCAACGGUGGUGGCUUCACCGGCACGCUUGCCUGCGAUGAUACCGGUGCUGGAGCGCGCAUCGCGGCUUUCGCGCCCGUGUCAGGCGCGUUCUACGACUUUGGCGAGGGGGGAAGCGGGUGUCGACCCAGCAGGAAGGGCUUGCCGAUCCUAGAGUUUCAUGGCGAUGAAGACGAGACGAUUCCUUAUGAAGGCGGGGACGGCGCGGGUGGGAGUCUGCCGGAUAUUGGGGAGUGGGUGAGCUGGUGGGCGGAGUGGAAUGAGUGCCCUGCGGAUGGAAAACGUGUAGACGAGGAGUACGACGGGGGCGUCACGGUCACGAGCUGGGCCUGUGGCAAGGGCGAAGACAGGUUGGUCGAGGGCUACAAGGUGCAUGGAUUAGGUCAUGAUUGGCCCAGCCUGCACCCUAAUCUUGAUAACCCUGACGGGACAGUCGUAGAGGCCACGACCGUGAUCAUGGAGUGGUUCGCACGGUGGUCUUUGGGGCAAGAGAAUUAG